AUGUUUAAUUUGCCAAAUGUUUCUGAUUCCGCUCAAGCUAUUUUACAUUGUGUUGAUGUAGUGAAUGAAUGUGUACGCUCUUUGAGAACUCUUGAGCUAGAAGUUUCUGAUCUUUCUGAUUUGGGUUGGAUCAUUUCCGGGAACACUAUUACUGAUGAUUCGAAUCUAACUAACACUUUUACAGUGAAUAAUCUUCAGUUGAAUACAAACGAAUUAGUUGAAAGAUUUUGGUCUUUAGACUCCAUUCCUGAAGUCAAACGUAUUUCAAGUGAAGAUAAAAAAUGUGAAGAGUUCUUUAAAACAACACACUUCCGUGAUCAAAAUGGUCGUUAUGUAGUGAAACUUCCAUUUAAAGAUAACCCUUCAAGGUUGGGUAAUUCUAAAGAUCUUGCUUUACAAAGAUUUAAAUCUUUAGAGAGAAAUCUCUUAAGAUCUCCUGAUACAUAUGAUAUGUAUAAACAUUUCAUGAAGGAAUACUUGGAUCUCGGGCACAUGGAACCAGUCCGUAGUUCAGAGUCCCCAAGUCAGGCAUACUACAUGCCACAUCAUGCAGUAAUUAAGGAAUCUAGCUCUACGAGUAAAAUACGUGUGGUAUUUAAUGCUACUAGUAAGUCUUCAUCAGGACUAUCUCUUAACGACAUAUUGAUGACAGGUCCCAGAAUACAACAAGAGCUGUUUCCAGUUUUGGUCAAAUUCAGAUGUUACCCAGUAGUUGUCACAGCUGAUAUCAUGAAAAUGUUUUAG